AAAUGCUGAAAAUUUGGUUCUAUAUUAAGCAAAUUCAGCACGCGAUUUUCUUUGUAGCGAUACUGUGAUUUGAAGAAAUGUUAUAAAUUAUAAUUACAAUUAUGCUUCGAGCGAACAGCAAGCCACUGUUGCAACAGAUAUUCACAGUGCGAGUGUCGUAAAAUAUAUCUACGCAGAUAUAUUGAUUUCGUGUUGAAACCUUAAACAAAAUUGGGUACCCUGAUUUUAUGUUAUAUCAUUCUUGCACGAUCUUCCUGCAAGUUAUUUAAGAGAUUUCUUUAACGAGAUUAGACUGAACAAUUAUUUGUGUAAAAUGACUAAAUCAGUAUCCAAAGUAUCCAAGUGUCUGUUGUUCCAUGUUUUUGUCAAAACACAUGGAAAGUAGCAUGCCAAUUGUGACCAAUAUGAUGCCCAAAUAACAGAUAAGGUCUUUUUGGCUUCAUCUGAUUUUUAUACAAACACGUUAAUAAAUGUUACGCUACAUUAAUUACAUGCGUAAUAGUCGACUUGUUGAAAAGGUAUAAAACUACAAUGAAAAGAUACUGAUACAAGGUCGAAAUCCUAUUUGGAGCACUAGUUGCUAUCUCUAACCACAUGUUGAAGUGAGCUCGUCCAUAACAACACGCUCAGCAAAACUCUCCUCAAAAACCUCAAUUAUCGAAAAUCUGAGAUUUCAGUUCAACUCGAAUUAAUAAGUCUUCGGUGAUCCUUGCCUGAAUGCAUAUCAUCUUUUCUCAGAAAAUCUACAUGUUUCACUAUAAAACGUAUCCGUCAAUGUAUGCCAAAUUGUUUGGAGCUCGGUUGCAACUUCGAUGCAUCAACUAAUGUUUUAAUAUCUCUCUUGACUAAAAUGUUUGAUAACGGACAAAAAGAUGAACAUUGUAUACAAAAUGAAAUUAUUGAAGAAUUUGACCAUAAACCAAUACUAAUAUCUAUACCUAAAAUAGAACCUAUAUACCCUAGUACAACUGAUUCAAUUGAAGAUACAAUGAAUGUGGAGGAAUUUCAAGAGGAAGAAAUAACGUCAAUUCCUUUGAUUACACCACACAAAUUAAAGGAUCCUGUUAUUUUGCUUGAAAGAUGUGAUAAAAUAUGGGAAACAUUAAAAGUAAUAAAAAAUGUACAAGGUACAACUAAGAUUGACACAUCUAAUGCAUUAUUAUCAGAAACAAAAACUUCAAAACCAUUAUAUAUUGAAUAUGAACCAGUAUUAGGUAACAAUAAUACUGAGUUACCAAAUUUUAAAUUUUCUGUGAAAUCUAAAAAGAAGUUAUUUCAUUGUACUAUAUGUGGAAAGCAGUAUACUGAAAAUCGAAGGUUAAGGUAUCAUUCAGAAAGAAUACAUGGCAUUUAUAUUGCACCAAGACGGUACAAAAGUAUUGACAAAGAGAAAGAAAAAGAGUUAAAUGUUGCUGAAAAAGAAGAGGAUAAUUCUGAAAAAGUUUCAUUAAAAAAAGGUGAAAAUAAACAACUUACUGUAGCUUCAUCGCAUCAUGUAUCAUCAUCGAGUAGUAAUAUUAUUGUCUCAGAUCUUUCUUUAAAAGGAAGCAAAUUUACUAAUCGUCUGAUAUGCAGUAAUAAUGAUAUUAAUAUCAAUGGUACUAUGAAAAGUGAGGAAAAAAAAUUAAUUAAAGAAGUAAAACAAACUGACAAAGUAAACUCUAUACAGCAUUCUGCAAUUUCAUCAACAUGUACAUUGUGUAAACAAUUUGUAAAGGAUAUAAAGAAACACUUAAUUGAUUAUCAUAAAAUUGAAUCACCUGAUUUUAUGUUAAAAAAUUUAAACGACACGUAUACUAAUUUUAAAAGUAAUAAAUUAAAAAGAAGACUUUUUAAUGAUGAAAAUGAAACUUCGGGUGAAAUUGUUCAAAAAGAACAUAACACUCAUAAUAUUGUUGAAAAAGAUUAUAAUAUUCAAAACAAAAGACAAUGUACGCAGCACUAUAUACGAUCAGGUACUCGCCAAUGUGACAUUUGCCUUGGUCUUUAUACACUAGGUAGCUUUUAUAGACAUGUACGUAUUCAUCGCAUUCGCGGAGAAACGAAAGAAAAUUUCCAUUUAUCUAGAAGCAGACAUAAUUAUUAUAAUUCUCCUUACUCAAAAUCAAAAUUAAUUUCAAUUGAUACGUCCAAUGAGAAUACAAAUAAUUGCAGUAAUAAAAAUAAUUCAAAUUUAUUUAAAAAUAAAGGAAGAUCAGAGGAAAUUGUUCAAGGUGAGAACAAGGAUAAUAAGAUAUCAAAUAUAAAAUGUUACGAAAGAAAAAAUGUAACAGGUGAUGAUAAAAAUAUCUGUUCUUGUGGAAGAACAUUUCGUAAUCCUCAUACAUUGUUUAUGCAUAAAAGAAUAUGUACUUUAGUUGAUGCAAAUCAACCAAUAGUAGAAAAUAAUAUAAUUAAAAAGAAUCAAGAUAUCUCACGAAAUAAAAAUUCUGGAAUGGGAAUUAGUAUAACAAUAAAGAAAAGGAAUAAUUCUUAUGAAAUUAUCGAUAAAGAUAAUAAAAACGAAGAUAGAUUACAGGAUUCAAAAAAUUUUUGUGCAUCAUCAAAUACUUUUAAAGAUAAUAAUCAAAUAGAGUUACAGAAAGAUGAUUCACAUGAAAUUCUAGAAUUAUCUAAAUACAGCAAAAAGCACAGUAUAUUGAAAAUUCAAUCUGCGGAUGAAAAUAUUGAUAUUGACAUUGAAGAAGAUUCACAAACCAAUUCCUAUAAUGAUGAUAUUUCUAGUUCCAUGAACGAAGUGGGAAAUAAUUUAUGCGAACAAGCAAUAAAAAUAGAACCAAAUGAUGAAUUUUAUAAAAAUAAUGUUAACUCAAAAUUUUUAAAGGAAAAGGAAGUACUUCUUACGAGAAGUAACUGUAAAAAAUCUAAUGAUAUUAAAGUAAAUUUUGCUAGAAAAUAUAAUAUUUGUGUAUGCGGUUCUAAAUUUUAUACCAGAAGAGCUCUUAAGAUUCAUACUAAUAAACAUCAUCAUAGUUCAAAGUUGUUAUGUGGAUACUGUAAGAUUAGUUUUCCUGAUAUUGUCACAUGGAAUGAGCAUCAGUGUUCCGUUAAUGAAGGAAAACGAUUUAUUGCUUUACCAAUGCAGAUAAAGUGUCGUUGUUGUAAUGAGAUUCUAAAUACAUGUAAAAAAUUUGAUGAACAUAUGAUGCGUAGACAUUUUAAUAGUGUAGUACCCUUUCAGUGUUUUCAAUGUGAUAAACGAUUUUCUACUACCACAAAUCGAAAAAUACACAUUAAUGCCGACCAUGGGCUAACAACCUGUUCUAUUUGUAAUAACCAAUAUUAUGAUAAUAUGAUAUCUAGGCACGAAGCAUAUCACUAUGGACUUGGAUUUCCUUGUCAUCUUUGUAAACAAACUUACUCUAGUAAAGGAAGUUUGUUAAGACAUUGGAGAAAUAUUCAUGGGGAUCCUGACUUCGAAACGGUAGAAAAAGUAGAAAAUAGAAAAGAAUUUCAUUAGGUGAAACAAAACGGUUUCAAAUGUUAUACAGUCUAGUGUUAUACACUCUGAAAGUUUUGAACAUUAAAUUUUUUUAUACACUCAAAAUUAUAACUUGUGACGUUAACAUAAGACAUCAUACAUAAUAUACAAAUAAGUAUACAUGUACAUAAAAGUGUAGGUUUAAACAAUGUAAAGAUGAAUAAAAGUACAUAAUUU